GUGGGCGGAGGCGGGGCUGCUGGGGCUCUGCGACCUGGGUGCUGUUUGGGGCUGUGGGUGGCGGCGGAAAGGAGUCUGGGGUCAGAUUCCUCAUCGAAGUGCCGGCGCGGGUUUUGUCAGCCUACUCUGGCCAAAGAGAGCUGCACCUCUGAAGGCGACUCAUUUACCAAACGUCGGAGGCAUAUUGUAGAUAAAAAUGCCGAUUGGAUGCAAAGAGAGACCAACUUUUUUUGAAAUUUUUAAGACGCGAUGCAACGAAGCAGAUUUAGGACCAGUAAGCCUUAAUUGGUUUGAAGAACUUUCUUUAGAAGCUCCACCAUAUAAUUCUGAACCUUCGGAAGAAUCAGAAUAUAAAAAUAGCAGUUAUGAACCAAACCCAUUUAAAACACCAAGGAAACCUUAUCAUCAGUUGGCUUCAACUCCAGUAAUAUUCAAAGAACAAGGUCUAACUCUGCCACGGUACCAGUCUCCUUUAAAAGAAUUAGAUAAAUUCAGAUUAGAUGCAGGAAAGGAUAUUACCAACAGUAAACAUAAAAGUUGUACAAUGAAGGCUAAAAUGGAUCAAGCAAGUGAUAUUACCAGCCCACCUCCAAAUUCUUGCCUUAGUGAAAGUCCUUUUGUUCUACGAUGUACACAUGUAACACCACAAAGAGAAAAGUCGGUGGUAUGUGGAAAUUUAUUUUAUACACCAAAGCUCAUGAAGGGUCAGACACCAAAACGUAUUUCUGAAAGUUUAGGAGCUGAGGUGGAUCCUGAUAUGUCUUGGUCAAGUUCUUUGGCCACACCACCAACACUUAGUUCUACUGUGCUCAUAGCCAGAGAUGAGGAAGCAUCUGCGACUGCAUUUCCUAAUGAUGCUGCUGCCAUUUUGAAAAGCUAUUUUUCUAACCAUGAUGAAAGUCUGAAGAAGAAUAAUAGGUUUAUUCCUUCUGGAAGAGACAAUGAAAACAAAAAUCAAAGAGAAGCUAAAAGUCAUGGAUUGGAGAAAAUGUUAGAGGAUUCGUUUGAUAAAGUAGAUAACUGCAAAGAUCUUGGUAAAUCAACACCAACUGUCCUAAAAGAUGAGUUACAUGAAACAGUUGCAGAUAUUUCUGAAGAAGAUAGUUUUUCACUGUGUGUUUCUAAAUAUAAAACAAGAAGUCUACAAAAAAUGAAAACUGGAAGGACUAGGAAAAAUAUUUUCAAUGAAACAAAUACUUAUGAAUAUGAAGAAGCUAAAAAACAAAUGACGGAAAAUAAACAUUCAUUUGUAUCUGAAACAGAACCAAAUGAUGGGGAUUCAUUAGACUCAAAUGUAACAAGUCAGACGCCCUUUGGGAAUGGAACUGACAACAUCUCCAAGGAAUUUGUGCCAUCUUCAGCCUCUGAAUGGUCUCAACUGACCCUCUCCGGUCUAAACGAAACCCAGAUGGAGAAAACAUCCCUACUGCAUAUUUCUUCUUGUGACCAAAAUAAUGCAGAAGAAGACUGCAUAGGCACAGACAAAGAAUGUACCAACAUCAUUACUGUAGAAAAUUCUUUGCCACAUAUAGCAAGCAUGUCAAAAACAAGGACGAUAUUAAAUGAAGUAACAGUGGUAAAUAAGAGAGAUGAAGGGCAGUGUGUUGAAUCUCCUGACGAUUCCACUGGUGUGGAAAAUCAAGUAAUAUCUGACUCUUCUCUCAUAGCUUCUCCACUUCAGGGGAUCAAAAAGUCUCUAUUCAGGAUGAGAGAAUCCCCUGAAAAGACAGCCAACGCAGAUUUCCCUAGUAAUAUGACUGAUCCGAACUUGAAAGAAGAACCUGAAGCCUCCAGAAGUGGAUUGGAAAUACACACUCUUUGCUCACAGAAGGAGGGUUCUUUAUGUAUGCACUCAGCUGAUAAUGGAAGCUGGCCAGCCACUACCAAAUAUACUUCUGUAGCUUUGAAGAAUACAGGUUUAAUAUCCACUUUGAAAAAGAAAACAAAAAAGUUUAUUUAUGCUAUAAAUGACAGAACAUCUUACCAAGGACUGAAAGCACAGAAAGACCAAGAAUCAGAACUAAUGAACUCUUCAGCUCAAUUUGAAGCAAAGCCCUUUGAAGCACCACAUACAUUUACAAACACUGACUCAGGUUUAUUGCAUUCUUCUGUCCAAAAAAAUCGUUUACAGGAUGACUCUGAAGAACGAAUUUUGUUCACCAGCUCUUUGGGGACCAUUCUGAGAAAAUGUUCUAAUAAUGAAAGUCAUUCUGAUAACAAAACAGUAUCUCAGGAUCUUGAUUAUAAAGAAGCAAAAAUUGAUAAGGAGAAACUACCAUCAUUUAUAACCACAGAAACUGAUAAUGUGUCAUGCAUGCAGAAAAAGCACUGUGAAGAUGAUCCAAAAAGCCAGAGAGUUCUAGAUAUAAAGGAAAGUCUUGCCGCAGGACGUCACCCUGCAGUGCCACAUUCAGAGGAAGGUCGUGAUACUUACUUUCAAUCCCAGGAAAACUUUUUACAUGACCUUGAUAAUACCACCAUUUUAACUCCUAGCUCCAAGGAUCUUCUGUCAAAUCCAGUUGUGACUUCUGGAGGAAAAGAAUCAUAUAAAAUGUCAGAGAAGAUAAAAUCUAGGAGCAAAGCUGAUUUUGAAUUAACCCGAAAUAUUUCCAUGGAAAAGAAUCAAGAAACAUGUGUUUUAAAUGACAGUUCUCAAAAAGCUGAGCUGUUGGCACCUGAAAAAUACCUAACAGUAGUAUCACCUUCUAUGAAGGUCCAACUUAACCAAAAUAUAAAUCUCACAGGAAUCCAAAAAGACCAAGAAGAGACUACUUUAAUUUCAAAAAUAACCGUUAGUCCAAACUCUGAAGAACUUUUCCCAGACAACGAGACUAAUUUUGUCUUUCAGACACCUACCAAAAGGAAUAUUCCUGUUUUGGGGAACAUUAUGGAAGUUCAUGAGGUAGACCUCAGUUGCUUAAGAGAACCUGUUCUCAAGAACUCUGCCUUAGUAACAUGUACAGAUAUAGAUGAUGAACAAACAACCCAUGAUCUUAUAGAGAAGAACAGAACGAGUGUACAGCAGCAACCAAAAAUUAUUCAAGGUCAAGAAUCAAAGUCACAUACCUCCUUGGAUAUCGAUGUGAAAUCAAACAGAAGUAAUGAUUGCAUGGACAGUUGGGCAGGACUCUCAGAUUUGAUUGCAAGUCACAGUUUUGGAAAUGGCUUCAGGACAGCUUCUAAUAAAGAGAUAAAACUCUCUGAACACAACAUUAAGAAAAGUAAAUUGCUCUUCAGAGAUCUUGAAGAACAUUAUCCUCAGCUAGCCUGUGUUGAAACUGUAAAUACCUUAUCAUUAGCAAGUCAAAAGAAAGAAAGCAAACCUCAUGCACUUGAUUUGCCGUCAGUUAAUACUGUAUCUGGGUGUGUGCAAAGUAGUGCAAUUCUUUCUGAUAGUGAAAACAGACACACAACCCCUCCAAUUUUAUCUUUAAAGCAAGACUUUAAUUCAAACCAUAAUUUAACACCUAGCCAAAAGGCAGAAAUUACAGAACUUUCGACAAUACUGGAAGAAUCAGGAAGCCAGUUUGAAUUUACGCAAUUUAAAAAACCAGGUCACAUAACACAGAACAGUCUGUGUGAAAUGCCUGCAAAUCAGAUGACUGUCUUAAACACCCCUUCUGAGGAAUGGAAAGAUCCUGCUCUUCAUCUCACAAUUAAUGCCCCAUCUGUCAGUCAGGCAGAAAGCAGCAGCAAGUCUGAAGGUAUAGAUGGAGGUAAGCAAAAGUUUGCUUGCUUGUCAUCAUCCAACUGUAGCAGAAGUGCUUCUGGUUAUUUAGCAGAUAAAAAUGAAGUGGAAUUUAGGGGGUUUUAUUCUGCUCGUGGCACAAAACUGAAUGUUUCCAGGAAAGCUCUGCAGAAAGCUAUGAACCUGUUCAGUGACAUUGAGAAUGUUAGUGAGGAAACUUCUGCAGCAGUAGGUCCAGGAUGUUUCUCUUCAAGCAAAUGUAAUGAUUCUGAUGUUUCAAUAUUUAAGGUAGAAAAUUAUAGCAGUGAUAAAAGUUUAAGUGAGAAAUACAAUAAAUGCCAACUGAUACUAAAAAAUAACAUUGAAAGGACUGCUGACAUUUUUGUUGAAGAAAAUACUGACGGUUACAAGAGAAAUACUGAAAAUAAAGACAACAAAUGUACUGGUCUUGCUAGUAACUUAGGAGAAGCUGAUGACAGUGCUUCAAGUAAAACUGAUACAGUUUAUAUGCACGAAGAUGAAACUGGUUUGCCAUUUAUUGAUCACAACAUACAUCUAAAAUUACCUAACCACUUUAUGAAGAAGGGAAAUACUCAAAUUAAAGAAGGUUUGUCAGAUUUGACUUGUUUGGAAGUUAUGAGAGCCGAAGAAACAUUUCAUAUUAAUACAUCAAAUAAACAGUCAACUGUUAAUAAGAGGAGCCAAAAAAUAAAAGAUUUUGAUGUUUUUGAUUUGUCCUUUCAGAGUGCAAGUGGGAAAAACAUCAGAGUCUCUAAAGAGUCAUUAAAUAAAGCUGUAAAUUUCUUUGACGAAAAAUGCACAGAAGAAGAAUUGAAUAACUUUUCAGAUUCCUCAAAUUCUGAAAUACUUUCUGGCAUAAAUAUCAACAAAAUAAACAUUUCAAGCCAUAAGGAAACAGAUUCGGACAAAAACAAACUAUUGAAAGAAAGUGACCCAGUUGGUAUUGAAAAUCAAUUACUGACUCUCCAGCAAAGAUCAGAAUGUGAAAUCAAAAAGAUCGAAGAACCUACCAUGCUGGGUUUUCAUACAGCUAGUGGGAAAAAAGUAAAAAUUGCGAAGGAAUCGUUGGACAAAGUGAAAAAUCUUUUUGAUGAAACAAAGCAAGAUAGUAGUGAAACCACUAAUUCUAGCCAUCAAGGGGUAAAAACACAGAAGGACAGAGAGGUAUGUAAAGAAGAGCUUGAAUUAACAUUCGAGACAGUUGAAAUAACUGCCUCAAAGCAUGAAGAAAUACGGAAUUUUUUAGAGGAGAAAAAACUUGUUUCUAAGGAGAUCACCAUGCCACCCAGGCUCUUACGUCAUCAUUUACACAGACAAACUGAAAAUCUCAGCAUGUCAAACAGUAUCCCCCUAAAAGGUAAAGUACAUGAAAAUAUGGAAGAAGAAACAUCUUGUCACACAGAUCAGUCCACUUGUUCAGCCAUUGAAAAUUCAGCAUUAACAUUUUACACAGGACAUGGCAGAAAAAUUUCUGUGAAUCAGGCUUCCGUAUUUGAAGCCAAAAAGUGGCUUAGAGAAGGAGAACUGGACGAUCAACCAGAAAACGUAGAUUCUGCCAAGGUCAUAUGUUUAAAGGAAUGUGCUAGGGAUUAUGUAGGAAAUCCUUUGUGUGGGAGUAGUUCAAACAGUAUCAUAACUGAAAAUGACAAAAAUCUCCCUGAAAAACAAAAUUCAACUUAUUUAAGUAACAGUGUGUCUAACAACUAUUCAUACCAUUCUGAUUUUUGUCAUUCCAAUGAGGUGCUCAGCAAAUCAGAAUCUCUCUCAGAAAAUAAAAUUGGUAAUUCUGAUACUGAGCCAGCAGUGAAGAAUGUCAAAGACAGAAAAGACACUUGUUUUUCUGAAGAGAUAUCCACCGUAAGAGAAGCAAACACACACCCACAAGCUGUAGAUGAAGACAGCUGGGUUCGGAAGCUUGUGAUUAACUCUACACCAUGCAAAAAUAAAAAUACACCUGGUGAAGUGUCCAGAUCUAAUUCAAAUAAUUUUGAAGAGCCACCUGCAUUCAGUACAAGUGGGAACAUAGCCUUUGUUUCACAUGAAACAGACGUGAGAGAGAGGUUUGCAGACAACAACAGGAAGGCGAUUAAGCAAAACACUGAGAGUAUGUCAGGCUCUUGCCAAAUGAAAAUUAUGACUGGCGCUCAUAAGGCAUUGGGUGAUUCAGAGGAUGUUAUUUUCCCUAACUCUCCAGAUAGUGAAGAACAUAUUACACGUUCACAGGAGGUUUUUCCUGAAAUUCAAAGUGAACAAAUUUUACAACAUGACCCAAGUGUAUCCGGAUUGGAGAAAGUUUCUGAAAUGCCACCUUGUCAUAUUAACUUAAAAACUUUUGAUAUACAUAAGUUUGAUAUGAAAAGACAUCCCAUGUCAGUCUCUUCUAUGAAUGAUUGUGGGGUUUUUAGCACAGCAAGUGGAAAAUCUGUACAAGUAUCAGAUACUGCAUUACAAAAAGCGAGACAAGUAUUUUCUAAGACAGAAGAUGUGGCUAAGCCAUUCUUUUCCAGAGCAGUUAAAAGUGAUGAAGAACAUUCAGACAAGUACACAAGAGAAGAAAAUGCUAUGAUGCAUCCCCCCCCAAAUUUCCUGUCAUCUGCUUUCUCCGGAUUUAGUACAGCAAGUGGAAAACAGGUUCCAGUUUCUGAGAGUGCCUUAUGCAAAGUGAAGGGAAUGUUUGAGGAAUUUGAUUUAAUGGGAACUGAAUGUAGACUUCAGCAUUCACCUACAUCUAGACAAGAUGUGUCAAAGAUACUUCCUCUCUCCGAGAUUGAUGAGAGAACCCCAGAACACUCUGUAAGUUCCCAAACAGAGAAAGCCUACAAUGAACAAUUUAAAUUACCAGAUAGCUGUAACACUGAAAGCAGUUCUUCAGAAAAUAAUCACUCUGUUAAAGUUUCUCCCGAUCUCUCUCGGUUUAAGCAAGACAAACAGUUGGUAUCAGGAGCAAAAGUAUCACUUGUUGAGAACAUUCAUCAUCUGGGAAAAGAACAAGCUUUACCUAAAAAUAUAACAAUGGAAAUUGGGAAAACUGAAACUUUUCCUAAUCUUCCCUUGAAAACAAAUAUAGAAAUUUGUUCUACUAAGUCCAAAGAUCCAGAAAACUCUUUUGAAACAGAAGCAGUUGAGAUUGCCAGAGCUUUUAUGGAAGAUGGUGAGCUGACAGAUUCUGAACUGCCAAGUCAUGCCAAACACUCUCUUUCACGCCAAAAAAAUGAGGAAACGGUUUUGUUAACUUUAGGAAUUGGAAAAAGAAGAGGAGAUGCACUUGCCACUGUUGGAGAACCCCCAAUCAAAAGAAACUUGUUAAAUGAAUUUGACAGGAUAAUAGAAAAUCAAGAAAAAUUCUUAAAGGCUUCAAAAAGCACUCCAGAUGGCACAAUGAAAGAUAGAAGGUUGUUUAUGCAUCAUAUUUCUUUAGAGCCAGUUACCUGUGGACCCGCUUGCACAACGACAGAGCGGCCGAAAGUGCGGAAUCCCCAUUUCACACCUGGUCAAGGAUUUCUAGCUGAAUCUCGUCUUGAUGAACACCUGACUUUGGAAAAGGCUUCAAGCAAUUUAUCAGUUUCAGGGCAGCCACUUUGCAAGGCUCCUGCCCCCAGAAAUGAAAAAAGGAGACACUCACUAAGUACAGGCAAACCCAUGAAAGUCUUUGUCCCACCAUUUAAAACCAAAUCGCAUGUUCACAGAGAUGAACAGUGUGUUACCGGGAAUACUGAGUUGGAGGAAAACAAACAAAAACAAAAAAACGUAGAUGAACAUGGCUUUGGUAAUAGUGAAAAUAAUGUUAACAGCGGUGAAAUUCCUCAAACAACAACCGUAAUUUUCACAAAGAAUGAAGAAGAGCCUUUAGAUUUGAUUACAAAUCUUCAGAUUGCCAGAGAUAUACAGGAUAUGCGAAUUAAAAAGAAAAAAAGGCAACGUAUUUUUCCACAGCCAGGCAGUCUGUAUCUUGCAAAAACAUCCACUCUGCCUAGAAUCUCUCUGAAAGAAGCAGUAGAAGGCCGAGUUCCCUCUGCAUGUUCUCACAAACAGCUGUAUAUGUAUGGUGUUUCUAAACAUUGCAUAAAAAUUAACAGCAAAAAUGCAGAGUCUUUUGAGUUUCACACUCAAGAUUAUUUUGGCACAGAAGGUUUAUGUGCUGGAAAGGGAAUACAGUUGGCUGAUGGUGGAUGGCUAAUACCCUCCAAUGAUGGAAAGGCUGGAAAAGAAGAGUUUUAUAGAGCUCUGUGUGACACCCCAGGUGUGGAUCCAAAGCUUAUUUCUAGAGUUUGGGUCUAUAAUCAUUAUAGAUGGAUUAUAUGGAAACUGGCAGCUAUGGAAUUUGCCUUUCCUAAGGAAUUUGCUAAUAGAUGCCUAAACCCAGAAAGGGUACUUCUUCAACUAAAAUACAGAUAUGAUAUGGAAAUUGAUAGAAGCAGAAGAUCAGCUAUAAAAAAGAUAAUGGAAAGAGAUGACACAGCUGCAAAAACGCUUGUUCUCUGUGUUUCUGAAAUUGCAUUAGGCACAAACAUAACUGAAACUCGUAGCAAUAAAACUAAUAGUGUGGAUACCACAAAAGUGGCUAUGGUGGAACUUACAGAUGGAUGGUAUGCUAUUAAGGCCCAGCUAGAUCCUCCCCUCUCAGCUCUCUUAAAGAACGGUAGACUGACUGUGGGUCAGAAGAUCAUAAUUCAUGGAGCAGAGCUAGUGGGCUCUCCUGAUGCCUGUACACCUCUUGAAGCCCCAGAAUCUCUUAUGUUAAAGAUUUCUGCGAACAGCACACGGCGCGCCUGCUGGUAUGCCAAACUCGGCUUCUCUCCCGAUCCCAGACCUUUUUCUCUUCCCUUGUCAUCACUUUUCAGCGAUGGAGGAAAUGUCGCUUGUGUUGAUGUAAUUAUUCAAAGAGCAUAUCCUAUACAGUGGAUGGAGAAGACAUCAUCUGGAUUAUACAUAUUUCGCAAUGAAAGAGAAGAAGAAAAGGAAGCAACAAAAUAUGCAGAAGCCCAACAAAAGAACCUGGAAGCUCUAUUUACUAAAAUUCAAGCAGAAUUUGAAGAGCAUGAAGAAAAUGCAGCAGAACGAUGUCUGCCAUCACGGGCACUAACCAGACAGCAAGUCCGAGCUCUGCAAGAUGGUGCAGAACUUUACGAAGCAGUGAAGAAUGCCCCAGACCCAAGUUACCUUGAGGGUUAUUUUAGUGAAGAGCAGUUAAGAGCCUUGAAUAAUCACAGACAGCUGUUGAAUGAUAAGAAGCAAGCCCAGAUCCAGCUGGUUCAGAAGGCUAUGCAAUCUGCUGAGCAAGGGGAACAGAUUUUACCAAGAGAUGUUACACCUGUAUGGAAGUUGCGUAUCAUAAGCUAUAACAAAAAGGAAAAAGAUUCAGUUAUAUUGAGUAUCUGGCGUCCAUCAUCAGAUUUAUGUUCCCUCCUAACAGAGGGAAAGAGAUACAGAAUCUAUCAUCUUACAGCAGCAAAAUCUAAAAGUAAAUCUGAAAGAGCUAACAUACAGUUAACAGCAACAAAAAGUACUCAGUAUCAGCAACUACCGGCUUCAGAUGAAAUUCUAUUCCAACUUUAUCGGCCAAGGGAGCCCCUUCACUUCAAUAAAUUAUUGGAUCCAGACUUCCAGCCACCUUGUUCUGAGGUGGACCUAAUAGGAUUUGUAGUUUCUGUCGUGAAAAAAACAGGUCUUGCUCCUUUGGUCUAUUUGUCAGAUGAAUGCCAUAAUUUAUUGGCAAUAAAAUUUUGGAUCGAUCUUAAUGAAGACAUCAUUAAACCUCACAUGUUAGUUGCUGCAAGCAACCUCCAGUGGCGACCAGAGUCCAAAUCAGGAAUUCCUACUUUAUUUGCUGGAGAUUUUUCCAUGUUUUCUGCCAGUCCAAAGGAAGGCCAUUUUCAAGAAACAUUCCACAAAAUGAAAAAUACUAUCGAGAAUAUUGAUAUAUUUUGCAAUGAGGCAGAAAACAAGCGUAUUCAUAUACUUAAUGCGUAUAAUGCCAAGUGGUUCACUCCAACUAAAGACUGUACUUUAGAACCACAAACUCCUCAGACCGUCCUUGGCACAGGAAAUAAGUUUCUGAUGUCUUCUCCCAGUACUGAGAUGAAUUAUCAAAGUCCAUUAUCACUUUAUAAGCCAAAAGGGAAGUCUGUCUCCACACCUGUAUCAGCCCAAAUGACUUCAAAGUCUUGUUGCAAGGGGGAGAAAGAGAUUGAAGACCCAAAAAACUGCAAAAAGAGAAGAGCCUUGGAUUUCUUGAGUAGACUGCCUGUACCUCCACCUGUUAGUCCCAUUUGUACAUUUGUUUCUCCAGCUGCACAGAAGGCAUUUCAGCCACCACGGAGUUGUGGCACCAAACAUGAAAUACCUAUAAAGAAAAAACAAUUGAAUUCUCCUCAGAUGACUCCACUUAAAAAAUUUAAUGACAUUUCUCUUUUGGAAGGUGAUUCAAUAGCUGAUGAAGAACUUGCACUAAUAAAUACCCAAGCUCUUUUGUCUGGUUCAGCAGGAGAAAAUCAACUUACAUCUAUCAGUGAAUCCACUAGGACUGUUUCCACUAGUCCAAAAGAUUAUCCCAGACUGAAAAGGCAUCAUACUACAUCUGUGAUCAAAGAACAAGAGAAUUCCCCAGCCAGGACUGAAGAACACAAGACUAAUACGCAGGACACAAAUACAAUAAAAAAUAUAUCCAAGAGACUGCAAAGGCAACAAAAACCAAAAUGAUGAUAAAUUAGUUAUUGACUCAGCCUCUCCAGUUUGUAAAACAUACAAUUUCCAACUGUACAUCAGAAUUUACAUAAUGAGAAAAGAAAGGAAAUAGUUCAAAAUUCACCUAAAAGCUUGUAUAUCACAGCAAUGAUCUCUCCCUGCCUCUACACUCAUAAUAGUCUUAUUUCAAUUAUGUAUCUUAAAACUGUGACUGUAUAUUUACUAACUCAUCAAGAAAAAAAUCUCCUUUCCAUCUUUAGACAGGAUUUGAUCAUUAUAAGUAUUAUUUUACAAAUGAAAUAAACAUACCUGUUUCUUUUAGAGGUGUGUCCCUAUAGUUAAAAGAAACUGGGUUUCUAAGUACUGUUGACUCACGUAAUUCCUUUUAGUUUAGUUCCUAUUUCAGGUUGUUUUCUUAAGAGGCAACCCACUAUGAACCAGUUUUCCUUAAUGAAUGUGUUGGUUCUGUAGUUUUAUCCUGAUCAAAAAAGUCAGGAUGAGUAAGAUACUACAAUGGUGUUUUCUUUUGACCAAUUCUUCAUCCUUAGGUCAGCAUGACGAUGAGAAAAACAGACCCCUCGCUGUACUUCCUUUUUAUGAUUCCAAUGUGGUUUGUGAAAUUAAGUAAUUUAUUAAAAGUUCAAAUAUUUUAAA